UAACCGACUUUAAUUUUUAGUGUUUUGUAUUUUUUUAAAUUAUGUUUGUGCAAUGCAUUUGAUUUAUAUUGUAUGGAAGUGUUUUUUAUGUUCUGCAUUAUUUUAAAGUAAUGGGAUAUUUUCAAUAACUAGUAAAGGUAAUACGUACAAGACGAUAAAAUGAAACAAUUUAAAGUAGAAUAUUUAAGUACUUGUACAGUCAACAAACGUCUCACAAACCCAAUGAUACCUUGGAUUAUUGCAGAAAUAAAAAAAAAUAAUUUUCGCAAAAAAGUAAGGAUUGGAAUAGAAGGCGUAAGUCUCAUGAUUUAUGAAAAUUGGGAUUGUAAAAAUAAGUUAAUUUUUCAACAUGAAUUAAAGUAUAUAACUAGAUUGGCAUUUUUCAACGGUGAUGUCGCUACAUUUUUCUAUGCAAUAAGAGAUGUUGUAGAUGAAAACAAUGUUCAUUGUCAUGUUUAUAAUACAACUCAACCAGAUGUAGUAAUGGAAUUAUUUACCACAAUGAAAGAAAACUCGCAUAAAUCAUUACAAAAUACUGGACGUUCUCUUAGUAAUGCACAAACUUUAACAUCCUUGUGUGCUGAUAUAUCUCCCAAUUCUUCUCACUUUUUUGAGGUAUUAUAUGUCGGUAAAAUCAGAGUAUCACAAAAAAAGAUUCCUCAUUCAUUUAUUGAUGAUGCAUUAGAAAAAUUUCGACUACAUGAACUGGAAAAAAGUAAAAAAUCAAGUAGUACUAAUUCUUCAAGACGAGGAUCCCAAUCUUCAGAUCAAAAUUCAACUUAUCUUUCAGAUCCAAGGCGAAGUUCAAUGAUAGUUUUAUCACCUGGCAUUGAAAAUCAAGGUUAUUCAUUUGGAGCAGAAAAACAAAAAGAUGCAGAAAUUAUAAGAACAAGAUCUGGAUCCAUAAAUUAUCCUGUUAAAAACUUAGAAAAUGGUGGACAAAAUAGUAAUAUUGCUGAAGAAAUUAACAGAACAAUGGUUUUUCAAAUUGGUCGAAGUGAUUUACGUCUAAUAAGUCCUGAUCGUAAACAAAUACUUUUACAUAAACAAUUAAAAGAUGUAAUUCAUUGUGUUCAUGGUUCUAGAAAUCAAUUACAUUUUGGUUUCACAUGUAGAGAUUCUUCAUCAAAUGAAAGUUGUAUUGGGUAUAUAUUUAAAUGUGAAUCAGAAUCAGUUGCAAAUGAAUUAGUUACAGCUAUUAAUUUGGCUUCCAACAAUACUAAUGAAACUCUGAAGAAGGAAAAGCAAAUUAUUGUAUCAUGUGAACAUUGUCCUAUGGUAUGGUUUCAUAAGUUAUGUUCUGACAUUGAAAACCUUAAUGAACACAAAAUUCAAGCAGUAAUAUUUAAACAAUUAGAUACAUUGCCAGAAGAUGAUCAAGAAGUUGUUCUAACUAAAUUACAUGGUUUAGAAACAUUAAGUAAAAUAAGUUUAAAAGAACAAAAUGAACUACUUAUGAUGUUGUUGCGAACACAUUGUGAAAGCAAACAAAUGAGACAUAUCCAUGAUUCAGCUGAAAAUAGGCAUGAAUUUUUAAAUCAGUAUCUUGGUGGAAGCACAAUUUUCAUGAAAGCUAAACGUUCACUAACUAGUUCGUUUGAUCAAUUAAUGAAAAGGAGAAGUUCAAAAGAUGAUGUAGGAAUAAUGUCAAUCAAAGAAAAUUCUUUACCAAGUAACACUGCAUUUUACAAGGAAAAUUCUCAAAAAGCUGAUUUAAGUUCAAGAUUAUUGACACAGCAAGUAAUGCCUAAUACUAAGUUACAACCUAAAUCAGAAGUUAACUUAGCUCAAACUAAGUCUCAUAGCAGCCCAGCAUCAAUGAUGAAUAUGUUUUUAAAAGUUGGUCAAUCUCCUAAAUCCUCUACUAUUUCAACUUCAGAUAAUGAUUCUGAUGAACAAAAUGAUUUGAAUACAGGAAGUUGGCGUCAAGCAAUUUUCAAAAAUGUUGUUACCCCUAAUAAACAAAUAAAAGAUACUGAAAGUUGUAAAAAACUAGAUUCUGCUGAUUUAAGAGCAUUAUGGAAAAAAGCAAUAAAUCAACAAGUUUUGUUAAUUCGAAUGGAAAAAGAAAAUGCUAAAUUAAAAGAAAGACAAGAAGAAGCAACUGUUAAAAGAAUAAAAUUGGAAUAUGAUGAUAUUGGUUCAUCUGCUCGAGAAUACCUAGGUGUUUGGGAAACAAUUGUGAAUAAAGAAAAUCGUAAAUUUGAUGUAAAAAUGUUACGUCAGGCUAUAAGACAAGGUGUUCCAAGGAGUAAAAGAGGAGAUGUUUGGAUAUUUUUUGCUGAAUUAUAUUGUAAUACAACUGCUCCUUCUCCCAUUGAUUUGGAGAAAUUUCCAAAUUUUAAUGUUCCAUAUGAGCAAUUAUUAAAACAAUUAACAAAAUAUCAACAUGCUAUUCUUAUUGACUUAGGAAGAACAUUUCCAAACCAUACAUAUUUUAUGUCACCAUUUGGUCCUGGACAGUUAGCUUUGUACAAUUUACUUAAGGCAUAUUCUUUAUUGGAUCCUGAAGUUGGAUAUUGUCAAGGAUUAUGUUUUGUUGCUGGAGUUUUGCUAUUACAUAUGUCUGAAGAACAAGCCUACAUGAUGCUAAAACAUUUAAUGUUCAGACGUUCAUUAAGAAAACAAUAUCUUCCUGAUAUGGCUGCUUUGCAGGUACAACUUUACCAAUUAUCUCGACUCCUUCAUGAUUACCAUCCAGACUUAUAUGCACAUUUUGACAAUUGUGAUAUUCCUCCAACUUUAUAUGCUGCACCAUGGUUUUUGACUAUGUUUGCUUCUCAGUUUCCAUUGGGAUUUGUUGCUCGUAUUUUUGAUAUACUAUUUUUUGAAAAUAUUGAUGUUCUUUUUCGCAUAAUAUUAUCGCUGCUGACAUAUCAUAAGGAUAAUUUACUUGCAUGUGAUGGAAUGGAACAAAUAAUGAACUAUAUUAAAAUUGAUUUUCCUAUUGUAAAUAAAGAAAUCAUUGACAAAAUUAUUAAACAGGUAUUUACUACUGAUAUAUCUAAACAAUUAAUGGAAUAUGGAGUUGAAUAUCAUGUCUUACAAGAAGAAUUGUCUACGCCUAAUCCUGAAAUUAAAAAAAUUAAACAUUUAGAAGAUAUGAAUAAGACUUUAAUGCAACAGAAUAAAAUUUUACAUGAACAACUAGAGAUAUCAAUAACAAAUAAUGGUCGUUUGGAAAUGAACAGAUCAUCUAAUAUUUCUGCUAUUAAUCGUUUAGAGAGUGAAGUAAAGAGUCUAGAGUUGACAGUGGCUACAUUGGGAAAUUUUAUAUCUGAACUAGCUUAUACUCAUUCUGAUAUAGAAAUACCUCCUGACGUAUUAGGUUUAAUUUCACAAAUAAAUAUGUGUCAAAAUCGGCGAAAUGACAAACAAACAAAUGUUAAUAGGUUGUUCAAUAAAUCUCAAUUAGAAAUACCAUACAAAAUUAAACCUGUAUUGGAAAAGUCUUUAUCAGACUCAAAAAGCAUAAUAAAGAAGUCAAUUAAAGAAGAAAUAAAUCGGGAGGGAAUUAGCAAAAAAAAUUGUUUAAAAACUACAAACAGUAAUUUUGAAUUAUUUAAUACCCAAAGUAAUUUAAAUAAUAAUGGAUUGCAUCCAUUGGACUGUGAAGAUGUGAAUGUGUGUUAUUCUGGAACAACUAAAUUACGAACAAUUAAUCCUGUCCGGAGUAAUAGUGAUGGAAAAUUUAUUCUACCUAAUAUAAUUGCCAUAGAUGUAGAUAGUUCACUUUGUAAUCGAGAUGAUAAUGAUAAUAUCCAACUUAAUUCUUCCACUAUUAAUGGAAGUUAAAAAAUGUGUAUAUUUUAUAUAUAUAUUUUGUGUAUAAAUUUAUUUGUACUUAUAAAAUGUAUC